AUGAUAGCGGAUUUAUUGAAAAUGUUCGGGCUAGUUGGAAUUUCUGAAAGUAAAUACGAACAAUACUUGGGUCAACUAGAAGAAUAUAUGAGCUCUAAAAAUUUACCAGAUGAAUUGAGAAUUAGACUGCUGAAGUACUACGAAUACAAACUUCAGAAACAUUAUUUUAACGAGAACCAAAUUCUUGCCACGCUGUCUGAACAUUUGAGAAUAGAAAUGUUUUUGUUUGGAGCAAGAAAGCUCAUUGAGAAAGCACAACUACUCAAAACACUACCCAGAACAACUCUUGCUUCAUUAUUCGCUUCUAUGAGUACAGAAACGUUCAUGCCGACUGAUAUUAUAACAAAAGCAGGUCAACCUGUCGAAGAUGUGUACUUCAUAUCAUCAGGAACAGUUGCUGUUGUCAACGCCGCAAAUACAGAAAUAACCCACUUGGAAGAUGGAGAUGAGUUUGGAUUUUUGGUUACUGAGGAUGGCAAACUAAUUUACACUCAUAUUGCUGUUGAAACAUCAGAAAUUUAUUAUAUAUCGAAGAAACUGUUUUUGGAGUUUUUGGGGGCACAUCCAGAAAUCUUCAAAUAUUUUGAAAACAAGGUGAAGAAGAGAAUUGAGAAAUUCGAUUCGAUUGAAACAACUUUGCUUCUGGGCGGAAACGACAUUUUGUCCUCAUUGAGAUCUGGAAAACUUCUAGAGAGACAAGCUGUUAGAUCAGUGAAUUUUGAAUUCGAAAACUGA